UUCUAGGACUAGACCACACUUCAGAAUAGGCUACGGUACUCUACCGCUAACAAGGACGUUUUUCUUUUGGAUUUCGCGUUUUUACUAUUUUUCUUUAAUAAAGACUUGUGUUCUUGACUGUUACAAAUAUGAAGGAAAGGAGAAAUCCACAACCGUUGGUGGUGAGAUGUAAACUGGUUCUUGUUGGGGAUGUUCAAUGCGGAAAAACUGCGAUGUUGCAAGUCCUCGCGAAGGAUUGUUAUCCAGAGACUUAUGUUCCCACAGUGUUUGAGAACUACACCGCGUGUCUGGAACUUGAGGAGCAGCGUGUGGAGCUCAGUCUGUGGGACACGUCAGGUUCUCCCUACUAUGACAAUGUGAGGCCUCUCUGUUACAGUGACUCUGACGCGGUGCUCCUCUGUUUUGACAUCAGCCGCCCAGACACCUUCGACUGUGGGCUCAAGAAGUGGAAGACAGAGAUCUUAGAUUUCUGCCCCAGCACACGCAUCCUUCUCAUUGGCUGUAAGACCGACCUGCGCACAGACGUCUGCACCCUGAUGGAGCUGUCCAAUCAGAAACAGGUCCCCAUCACCCAUGAGCAGGGUUCCUCCAUGGCCAAGCAGCUUGGUACUGAGGCCUAUCUGGAGUGUUCAGCGUUCACCUCAGAGAAGAGUAUCCACAGUGUGUUCCGUACGGCCUCUCUGGCUUGCAUCAACAAGCUCCAGCCCCUCCCCAAGAUCAGCCCCACUCAACACUUAUCCAAGAGGCUCCUCCAUCUCCCCAACCGCUCCGAGCUGCUCUCCUCCACCUUCAAGAAGGAGAAGACCAAGAGCUGCUCCAUCAUGUGAGUGGAGACCCGGGGCGGGGGGGCUUUCGCUCCCUUCCAACACGCUGCUCCGAUUCCCCAGAACCCCUUGACUGUUUGGUUUCGGGGAAGGUGUGGUUGGUUUCAUCACGAUAGCUUUAACAUGAGAAGGCUCUUCCUCCAUGCUGACCCCCCUCCCCCGCCCCCAGACUCAAAUAAACUCAGAACAGGUGGACACCUUGUCCUGAACUACUCUUCAGUGCAUAUCUCAUCUUUUCACUACUGUAACUUGGCUUUUUGAUCAUCAGCGAACCAUUUUUCUCACCUGUUACAGUAACGGUAUGCAACCAUGAUGGUGUGACAUCACUACUAUUUAGGAACAUGUUGAUUUGUCCAAAUUGGAGAAAUGUGCAACAUGUGACAAAGCUUUAACAUUGGGAUGUAAAAAUGCCUCUCAAGACAAUUAAAUACCUAUUUAAAAAAACAAAAUUGAGCAUGAUAAUAUCUCAGACAUUACUGAAAAUUGUAUCCCCUCUGUAUUACAGAGUGUCAACUAUAAGGUGUAGCAACAUAAGCAAAUCAGUGGUCAAACAGUGUUUGUGCUCUUCUUGAUUAAGGCCCAACGGGGGCUGACUGAUUGAGAGAGAUGUGGAGAGAGGAGUGUUUGAUGGGAUCAUUGCAUGAACAGAGGGCCAUUACAUUUCUCAUUGUCUCGGCCGUGAGGAGAGGAGGUCUUGAAGGAUAAGGGCUGAUUGCGUGAACAGGAAGGUGUCAGGCAGACAGACAAGCAGGCAGGCGGACGAACGGACAAGCAGACAGGCAGGCAAGCAGGCAGACCAACAUGCAGGCAGACAGACAGAUAUACACACAGACAGACAGACACCAGUGUGAGCCAUCUGCUCUCAGUCAGUGGAGUACCAGGUUACAGAGGAAAAGUACAGAACAGAUGGAUAUUGGAUCUUUGGGAGAAGAAAAGAGGGAAGUUACAAAACAAUGUGAAUGUACUGGAGCUUCCAGAGAUACAAAACAAUGUGAAUGUACUGGAGCUUCCAGAGAUACAAAACAAUGUGAAUGUACUGGAGCUUCCAGAGAUACAAAACAUUGUGAAUGUACUGGAGCUUCCAGAGAUACAAAACAAUGUGAAUGUACUGGAGCUUCCAGAGAUACAAAACAAUGUGAAUGUACUGGAGCUUCCAGAGAUACAAAACAAUGUGAAUGUACUGGAGCUUCCAGAGAUACAAAACAAUGUGAAUGUACUGGAGCUUCCAGAGAUACAAAACAAUGUGAAUGUACUGGAGCUUCCAGAGAUACAAAACAAUGUGAAUGUACUGGAGCUUCCAGAGAUACAAAACAAUGUGAAUGUACUGGAGCUUCCAGAGAUACAAAACAAUGUGAAUGUACUGGAGCUUCCAGAGAUACAAAACAAUGUGAAUGUACUGGAGCUUCCAGAGAUACAAAACAAUGUGAAUGUACUGGAGCUUCCAGAGAUACAAAACAAUGUGAAUGUACUGGAGCUUCCAGAGAUACAAAACAAUGUGAAUGUACUGGAGCUUCCAGAGAUACAAAACAAUGUGAAUGUACUGGAGCUUCCAGAGAUACAAAACAAUGUGAUUGUAGCUGAGAAUUGUCUGAUGAGGAGUGCUUUGAUGAAGAAAAAAACACUUCCAGGGAGUGGGGAAUUGUUUUAAUCAGGGCCAAAGGCACAACACAGUUUAAUGCAGCUCUGUCAAGAGAUCUGUAAAGUUACAUCUGGUAAUGGUUGGCAGGUCGGUGUUGCAAUUCCUUGAGGUGAUUAUUUACAGGACUGUCUGUUUGAAACUAGAAGAUGCUGCUUAAAAACUUGGCUGAAUCCACUGGGGAAAUGUAAUGUCCAGUUCACAAAAUCCUACCACAGAAGAACGUGUAGCAUCACAGUAUUGGUAUUUUGAUAAUCAACGAUGAUCAAACAGUAUACAGUUUCCAUUAUACCAUUCAAGUAAUAACCCCCAAGUUUCAUCCUGAUUUUUGGAAAUAUGGCUGUUGAUUUAUUUAAUGUUCAACAAUGUAGCACUCCACUUCCUUUAGUCUCCUCUCUUCCUAAAUGUUUCUACUCUUCCUUCCCUUUCUCUCGUUGUUCUGUCACACCUCAAGUCCCAGCAUCAUGGAGGGCAGUCCAGUCCAAUGUGUCACUAAACUAGGACCCUUUUUCAGCUUUAAUAGUUUGCUUCUUGGUUAUAAUUGUGUGUGUGCAGUACAGCAUUGAUCUAUCUCGGCUUUAACUAUCAAGCAUUAAUGAUUUAAGUGAUUGUGAUGCAAAGUCAGCUGAUCGAGUGGCCAAUAUAUCCUGCUGCUACUCCAUGGAUAUACAUACAGUAUGGCAAAACAAACUGAACCAUCCUUUCUGCUGUAGAAUCAAGAUGGCGUCAGAUCUGGUUCCACUUUCCCUUCUUCUGUCUCGUCAGUAUCCACUGGUAUGUAAAGGUAACCAAUGACAUCUCUCGCUGUGCCACUAAAGAGUUUGGAAUUUGAGUAUGAAGAGGAAUAAUGCUAUUUGAAGAUGUCAGUGAGUCUAUGCUAUCAGUUGUCAAGUAUCGUUGGGAGACGAGUGAGUUAAAGAAAUGAGACUGAGAGAAUCUGGUUUUAAACAUUCGGCUCUAGUCACUGUUGGCACUAUUGAAGCUUUUUCCAUUGGGGUACAUUAUGUGGAAGCCUCCUAACUUUUAACACUUUUAAGAAUCAAUGUGUGAAAAGGGGCUAGGGUAUAUGGAAAUAUAUUAUCUGGAAGUAUUUAGGGAUGUAGAGGAACUAGUAAUAAAAUAAAAACAUGCAGGCUGGCCAAAGAAAGAAGGUGUUUUUUCCAUGAUUCAUUUUGGGGUUUGUGUGUUUUUAUUUUGGUAUUAAAGCUUGAAUUGAAUCCUUUUGUGUAUGUGUGUGUGACUGAGACAGUGUUUGUUAACCUAUGUGGUGAGCUGUGGACGACCCCCAUGGUGGUCAGUCAGUCUGUGAUUUGAUUUUCACAAAGGCUCUAGUUCCUUGGUCACACACUGGAAAUCCUCAGCAUUGCCUAGCAACAGUUCAACACAGGAAACCAAUCCAGACUCAGAAUGGCUCAUCGGUUGGUUCGUUGCACAGAUAGGGAGUAAAGGAGGACGUAACGUACAAGGAGACAUUUCCACAGUCAAUGGAAGUGCAGAUUCUGCUUCUACCUCAAGGGUUAAUCGGAAUUUGUUUCCUUAUAAUUGCAAGUUCCAAACUCAUACAGGGGCUCAGGUCUUGGAUAUAGAAACAAUUCAUGGAUCAUAUCAGUUAACAUGCAGGCAGUCAUUGUGUAGUGCAGCGAGUGUGUGGUACAUUGGUGCAGUCCUACUCCUAGCAUGUGCUGUUAUAGUUUGAUUGUACAAAUCUUAUUUUAGAAUAUGUUUAAAGACAUUAAAGAAUGUCGCAGGGAAAUGUUUGAUUCAAACGAUGAAAGACAAAUAUGUUGUUGUUGAUGUGAAUAUUUAUUUGAUAGUUAUUAUAGCUAUUAUUAUUUUUGUAGCUUUUUUGGUUGAGAUGUAUAUUUGUUUGAAUUCUGUUUUGGACAUUGGACUUUCUGCCUUUAUUUUGCUCUGUUAAUAAAGCUUGUGACUGGUA